GAGCGCGAUCACCAAUCUCACUGCAUUUUCCAGCAUUCCAGCUAUAUAGCAAAUUAGAGCAACAUCUUGCUUUUCCCGGUCAUUCUAAGCAGCCAUCAGACAAAUAUCUACAAAAAAGUUCUUGUAUAUAAGUGGUAACAUUCGAUCUAUUGAACCAGUGCGGCUAUGCAGGGCAUUGGAUUAUUUUCCCCAUAUUCCUCGAUUUUCUAGCGUAUGGAAACUGGAUAAGAUUAAAUAUAGCCAUAUUUUGAGAGAUGCCUUGUCAUAUACACAACACAUCCAUACCUUCUGGCGCUAAAUGUUAAUAGUGUUUCAGUUCCGCUGAAAGUGAUUACUCAAACCGGGUUUCGAUAGUUUGUCUGGAAACUGUGAAAAAUGCUAUACAUUCGUUCCGUUCAGACUUGAGAGUUCAAAGCUUGCUAUUCAAGAACUGAACUAGAACAAAGAAAAACCGGACCUAAGACAGAAUGGCUUCUACUGAUGCAACUGAUAGUUUCAGCACGGAAAUGACCGCUUAUGAUGCAGCUGAUUCUCACUCAAUUUUUGAUUGGGCAGAAUUAGCUCCCACGUUAAUAGUAUAUGGAUUUAGCUUCAUUCUAGGAAUGACCGGAAAUUGCUUGAUCAUAUUCACCACUUUUCGAUAUGGCAGAAUGCACAGUGUGACCAAUGUUUUCCUAUCAAGUCUAGCCUCUUCAGAUUUGCUAUUGAUUAUAUUCUGCAUUCCGGUAAAGGUAGCAAAGUUAUUCUCAUAUACUUGGACAAUGGGUGUAUUUUUAUGUAAAAGUGUUCACUAUAUGCAGAACUUGUCAACCAUUUGCUCAGUGCUUACCCUGACUGCAAUUAGUAUCGAAAGAUACUACGCGAUUGUACAUCCAGUGCGAUCGAAAUACAUCUGCACCCUGAGCCAAGCCAAAUCUAUUAUUUUAGCCAUAUGGAUUGUUUCUAUAUUGCUUGCUGUCCCCACUUUAGUCUUAUGGCAUCUAAUGGAGGUGGGUCUUCACAAUGAAUAUAGUUGGUGCGUUCGAGAUUCUUCAAAGCCAUCCUUAUGGAAAUUCCAUGAACUGUACAUGCUACUUGUAAUCCUUAUAAUACCAUUUAGUAUAAUGACAUAUUCAUACACUUUUAUCUGCUGGGAAGUUUGGAAAGUUAUGGAACACAGACGCGUUAUGUGCAAUGAUCGCUCUUUAGGACAAAAACCCUCCAACAGUUCUACGUACGUGGAAGAACUGAGACCAAUGGAAAACAAGAAAAUUAGAUCAGAAGUAAAAAAUUACAGAGACGAUACAACUAUGGUAAAGCAAGUAAUUUACAUGCUGGUAACAGUUGUAGUUUUAUUCGCUCUGUGUUGGACACCAGUACUAGUGGAUAACAUCCUAACGGCUUACAAUGUACUCGGUCAGCAACGAACAGGUUUUGCCAAAUAUAUGUCAAGUACCUUCAAUCUCUUGUCGUACUUUAAUAGUUGCAUUAAUCCAAUUAUCUAUGGCUUCAUGUCCAAAACUUUUCGGGAAAGUUUCAAAGUGGCGCUCUGCUGCUCACCAGAAAAGGCGUUUAUACACCGGACUGGCAGCAAUUAUAGCAUGAGGUAUAUUUCAAGAAAUGGAUCUCAAACCAGAACUACAGCCGACGCAAAACGACAGGAAUCGUCGCUAUUUGUUACUUAACAUUGAUAAGCUAGAGAUCCAUAAAUGAUCGCUAUCACUAUUUGGAUGUGAAGCUUGCACAAAAAUGUAGUAGAUACCAUAGUAGCUAGUAGUUGUCUAAGUACAAAAUAAACCAAUUGCAAGAUAUUUCAUCUUACAAUUAACUACC